ACGCAGGCAUAUCCUCCUCAGUACAUCUCCCUAAGGCAUAGACAAAGAGCAGCGGAGCGAGAAUGGGGAUGCUGGAUAUAUCGGUUCGUGUGAAGAAGGUUGUUCGGCAAUGAUGUCUUGCUGGGAGGUUCCACGUGCCCACCACCUAUCCAUCCUCGAGGCUAGCACACCCAUCAUGUUUCCGCUGGAGUCAUGGAAAGAAGGUUGACACCACAAGAUAUCCAAGAACAAUCGUGUCUUUUGCUAUCGUGAUGCUAGGUACUGGCGUUGAGCGCUACGCUGCCCGAUCUGCUAUAGCCUAUCUGCGGCCUCCUCUGAUGCUCUAUGAAGAUUAUCUCGACAAUAGGCUAUGUAGUAGUAGGCUGACUAUGGCCGCUGUUGAUGGCGAAUGCAUGGGGCGAAAUCUCAGUUCCACAACCCUCAAGCAGACCUUCCUCUCCUUCCGGUCAUGUCUUCAUGUCUCCACGUCUAGCUCGCGUCGCCCAAUUUUUUGCCUUGGCAUCUCCUUCCAGCAGAGCAAGCCAACCAUCGAUUCAAUAGUUUCAGUGCCAGUCGAUUUGGCUCUCAAAGUAACCACGUCCUUGAUUUCAGUUCGUUCAAUCCCAGUGCUGCCUGUGAUUUGUACGCCACCCGUCCAACCAGCCUCACUCCCAAAGCCCAGUUUUUUUGAUGUCCCAAAGCUCGUGCCCUGGUGCCCUGACCUUCAACAUGCACAGAUCGGCAUAGAGUUGCCCGUCAUUCCCCGCUUUGUGCCGGUAGUUGCAGUUCAAAACGAGACCGCUGCUUGCGCUGCUCGUGUAACUACGGUCAUGUAUGUGCUAGAUUUCGCAGAAAGAUUAAAUGUAAAAGAAAAAUACUGCUAUCUUACCCAUCUUCCUUGAUGCCUGGUCCAUGCGACUCUUGCUGGUUUGUUGCAGCAGGAGCAUCAUAGCUAUUUCCAUUGCCAAGAUUAAAAUCUAUCUCGUCAUCCCCAUCCUGUUCACUGCCAUUCUUCUGCUCGUCUCCAUUGCCACUCUCGGUAUUUUCUGCUGGCUGUUCUUUCUU